GCGGUGUGUGACACACACUACUGAGAUAACAAGACACACACGCGUACAGCACUGAGAGCAGAGGCGACGCGGAAGAGCUCAAAGUCCUCUGGAUGAGACAGCAUGCGUGAAAGUGCCUAUACUAGAUACACACUAGAUCGGAUUGACAGGAAUCAGCUGAUCCGAGUGUUUUGAGGGGCGUGUGGUCAGCCUGAAGAUGGGCGAUCUGUCAGUUAAUAGCUCCAUCUUCAGCAGCAGGGAUGGAUCUGACCCCCCCUCCGUCCCACCAAGCAUGUCGAUCGACAAACUCCUUCCAGCCCUGCUCGAGUGUUUUGGGAUCAUUCUCUGCGGAUAUGUCGCGGGCCGCACAAGCAUCAUCCCAGCUACACAAGCUAAAGGACUGGGCAGCUUUGUGUCCAAGUUUGCGCUUCCAGCCCUGCUUUUCAAAAACAUGGUGUUGCUGGACUUUGGCAACGUAAUCUGGCCAUUUUUUUUCAGCAUUUUGGUGGCUAAAGUGACUGUGUUCUUCUUUGUGUGUGUCCUCACACUUUUGGUGGCGAACAGAGAGAGCCGCUUCUCCAAAGCUGGCCUCUUCUCCAUAUUUGCCACACAGAGCAAUGACUUCGCACUGGGGUUUCCCAUAGUUGAAGCUCUGUACCGCAACACUCAUCCUGAGUAUCUUCAGUACAUCUACCUGGUUGCUCCUGUCUCCCUCAUGGUCCUGAACCCGCUAGGCUUUGCGUUCUGUGAGGUGCAGAGGCGGAGGACUGGAGAACCUCAGCAGCAGAGUAAGCUGCAAGUGCUGGGUUUGGUGCUCCUUCAGGUGGUCAAGAACCCUAUUGUCUUUAUGGUGGUGAUCGGGAUCAUUUCUCACUUCCUGCUGGGCCAGAAGAUCCCGCCCUUCAUGGAGGAGUUUGUAGAUGGCCUGGCAAAUUCGUUUGGGGGAGCAGCGCUGUUUUAUCUGGGUCUCACCAUUGUGGGUCAGCUGAAAAAGCUUACCCGCUCCACUGUGGUGGCACUUAUUCUCCUCAUCACGGCAAAACUGCUGGUGAUGCCUCUGAUCUGUAGAGGGAUGCUUGAGGUUUUGGACUGUGGAAACAGAAGCUCGAUGAACCACACCAGUCUGUCAAACUAUGCCUUCCUGUACGGAGUCUUCCCCACUGCCCCUAGCGUGGCCAUAUAUGCAUCACAUUACAACAUGGAGCUGGAAGUGGUGACCUCAGGGAUGGUGAUCGGCACGUUUCUGUCUGCUCCCAUCAUGUAUGUGUCUGCCUGGCUGUUGACCAUUCCGUGGAUGGACUCGGAUCCACUAGCGUCAGCGCUGCAGCACGUCAGCUUCAACAUCAGCAUUAUCAGCCUCUUUGCUUUGGUGUGGAGUGUUGCAGUCAUGCUGCUAAGCAGAAAGUUUUGCAGAAUUCCUCACAUUUUCACCAUAAACCUCUUUAUGGCGCAGGUAGUUGCUGACUGUAUGAAGGGUAAAGACUGUGAGAGAGGUUGUCUGAUAUCUGUAUGUGUUUUGUCAGACUGUCAGACGUGCGAGUGUGCGUGUGGGCGUCUGCAGUCCGAGCCUGACAUAACAAGCGCCAAGGAGGAAGCAUCCAUCCAAACAGGUCAGUGUAGCCAGCAGUGUACAUCCACAAGCUGUUUGCUGGUUGAAGAGGAACAGAAAGUGGCAGACAGACAAAACACAGAUAUACAGUCGACGAGACACAUGCUCGUGUGUCUGUUACUGACCGUCAGUCUGCUCGCUAAUCUCUCCAGCUGUCUGUGGUGGCUCUUUAAUAAAGAUCCAGGGCGGCUGUAUCUGGAGCUGCAGUUCUUCUGUGUUGUGGUCAACUAUGGGCAGGGCCUCAUUUCAUUUGCCUUUUUUGGCCUUGACAAGCAUUUAAUUAUUUCUCCGUUCAAAAAGAGGUUAGCGAGCCUGUGGCAGGGUUGGGGUCAGGAGGUCACAGGCUCUGCCGUGUCUGAGGAGAUCAGACUGACCUGCACUCAGUUCCUCACAUAUCAUAAAGAGCAGUGCGUCAGAGACAUCGUUCACAAGAAAAGGUGUGGAGAGAGAAGCACCUCAGAGACGUUUCUGGGCAGUGACAUGGUGUGCUGGCUGCAGAGCGUGGGAUUGGCCAGCGACCCGGGCGAGGCGCUAGAGUACGGCUCACGUCUGCUGGAGGGCGGAGUCAUUCAGCACAUCACCCUUGAGCACAGCUUCCUCGAUGAAGCCCUGCACUACCGCUUCACAUAGAGGAGUCAAACCGGCCUGAAGGCUGGGAGACUGACAGUGGUUUGAGCAUUUUAGCCAAUGACCCAGCGCACAUUUAAAGGGUCAGUUCACCCAAAAAUGAAAAUUAGCCCACUAAUUACUCACCCCCAAGG